AUGUCGUCGUCGUCGCGUGUAGAGACCUUGGAGGACUCCGACCCGGAGGUGAUUGUCAUUCACGAAGAUGACAGCGAAGACGAUGAGUGCUUUGACAUGUCCAACCCGAUGGCGCAUGUGAAAAAGGACCCUUCACCGCCGCAAGCCGCAACCAAGUCUGCUGGUGCGCAGGGCAAGGUGGUGCAGCAGACGCGAAAGCAGGCCAAGGCUAUCAAGUCGAAGACAGACAACACGUCUCCAAGUCAGCCGACAGAUCCCUUGACAAAGGCCAAGCCUAGUGUCGCAACUGGUAGCGCUUCGGCUACACUCUCGCCCUCACAUUCGGCCAAGAAACCAGGCAACACCAACAAUGGCGGACCAGCGCUCCGAUCCCCAUUAUCUGAAUCCGACUUGGACGAGUCGUUCGUGUCGGUACAAAAGGUUAUUGCGUCGACUUCGUCCACCGAGUCGUCCGACGUCGACGAAACGCUUCCCGUGAACCGCACGUCGAUCACGUUGUCAAAGUGGGCGAGUCGGUUCCUCGCGCCGCGCGCGCCGGCCGCGUUGGUCGAAGACGUCGACUUGCAACCGAUGCAGGACUUCAUCUUGGACGACUUUGGCACGCGCUUCCGUGGCGACACUACCACCUCGGACCACGAACAUGACGAGCAUGCAGAGGCCUCGGACGGCGACGAGUCGUCCAGAACACUGGCCGUGGGCGCGCCCAUUGUGCAGAAAUCUCCCCCGCUAGGCCGCCCGGACAAGCCGAACGCCCCGCCGCCUGGAAACGCAUCCCGGCCGAGACCCGAGUCACGGUACUUCAAGAAGGACCUGACCACCAAAUGCUUCAACUGCGGCGAGAUCGGCCACAUGUCCAACGCGUGCGUCAACUCGACCGUGCUGCGUCCAUGCUUUAUGUGCGGCUACAGAAACCACAAAUCGAACGAGUGCCCGCACUUGCUUUGCCAUCGAUGCCACGAACCUGGACACGAACUUCGGAACUGCCCCAAUGGUCGACAGAACGUCAGCUUUUGCGCCACUUGCGGCGCAUCCGACCACAUCAGCCGAGAAUGUCCCCCUCGACUUAGCGACGUCAAGUAUGUGCGAUGCAUGGUGUGCUUUGAACGCGGCCAUCUCACCUGUGUGCCGCACUCGCGACCUGCAAACAAGCGUAUUUAUUGCCCCCAGUGCUGUGGCCCACAUCCCCACGAGGAAUGCUAUGGAGGAGGACGAGGACAUCGCGGCCGGUCGUCGUACGAAGACAGGUCGGCCAGGCCUCGAUACAACGAAGACAACGGACGACGUCGAGACAACCUGCCUGCUUUGAGCAACAAGACGUGCUACAACUGCAACAACACGGGCCACAUCGCCUCCAAUUGCCCCACGAGCAAGCCUCGCGGGGUCAAGCACCAGAGGUUUGAAAGCACCAACGAUACUACGAACUACAGCAGUAAACGACAGCGUGUGGACGACAACCACCACGACAAUCAAUCGUAUGCGAGAACGCACUUCGCGCGGCGUUGA